AUUUUGACACGAUGGACUUUUAAAAAUUGUCCAAUGAGGAUUUCCGAAGAUGGACACUGGGUAGCUUUGGCGCAACCCCCGGAGGAAAGUGGUGAAGCAACCACAAUAGGUUUAAGAAGGAAACUGUUAGAGGAAAUAGUUUGUUCUGCAUCUUCUACCGUUUCACGCGUAGUUGCCGUUGUAUUUUCGGUUCCUCACUGUGUAAGAGUCCAUUUCCCAGACCGACUCUGUGUGGACCACUUACAAGUGCCGCUGCUUGUAGAGAGCCUUGUGAAUCCAACACUUGAUGCCAUUUUAUGUGCAGAGAAACUAGUGAGAGGAAGUUUUGGUGACCUUUGGCGGAACACAUUUGGUAGUGACUUUCGUGGUAGUCAGUCGUUAAACGUCGAGCAAGCAGAUGGGAACGCUGAGAAUGAGAAAGUACCUAACAUUUAUUAUAAGAUUCAACGUUUUCUGUUUUCUGGAAAUUUUUCGUGCGGUUUGUUUCUUCCUUUUCAGUUUACUAGUUUUCGGAAGGAGCGGAAUCGUGGUGAAGAACCCGGAGAUAAUGACACGACUGGUGUAAAUGUGUCUUCUUAUGGGGAAGGGACUGUCUAUGUUACCUUGUUGCCUGUUGUACAGUUCAUUCGCUCGUUUUCUUACGUUCCUUUUCGUUUUCCCAACCCAAGUUUGACUUUGUUUUCUUCGGAAAGGGAAGAAAAUGAGGACACUUUUAGGUUGACAGCUAAUAUGGGGGAAGAAAGUUUCGAUGAUCUUCUGAGUUUACAAGAAACCUCAACUUGUUUGUCCCGUCCUGCUGACCUUGUACUCAUCGAAAGAUGUACGGCGAGGAGGACGUAUCAGAAGUCUGCAAACCUCCAACCCAAAGAUACUUGUGAAUGUUCGAUAGAGAAGGACAAUUGUAUAAAGACCGAUACGAUGUUAUUUCGUUAUGUUCAUGACUUCUGUUCUAUAUGUCUGGAGAAUUAUUCGAAUAGUGAUUCCUUGCGAGUUUUACCUUGUCUUCACUUUUUCCACGUUGUAUGUAUUGAUAAGUGGCUUAUGAUGGACAAGGCUUGUCCACUUUGUAAGUGGGAUAUUGAUCGAGGUUUAUUAUAUUCUUCUUGGGAAGAUAGUUGGACCAGCGAAGACCAUCCGAAUAAUUAUUCGUCUGCCGUUGCUACAAGUUCUGCUAUUGAUCUUAUCGAACAAGAACCUGAAAUAAAAUGGGGGGAGUGGUUUCGCAGUCUGUUUUCGCUUGCAAGUUCGGUGUAGUUCAUACCUCAAUUAAUAUGUACAGCGGUGUUUUGUCACCGAAUAAAAUGCAGAGAAUUGCAACCUUUAUCAGUAAAACUACACUUCUUAUC